AUUCAUGAAGUCUGAGCAAGGAGGGGCACAUAGUGGGAAUCUGCUAUGGGUGGAGACACUGUGGGUUGUCUCACAUUCACCAGCAAGAUUCACCUGAACACUGAAGCCUGGAAUUCAAAUUCAGCACUGCACGAGAGAGUGACACACCGGCUGCACUGACAGUUGACGCAUUUAAAGAUAAAACAAUGAGCGAAACAGCAGAGGCUUUGGCUGCCAACCUCAAAAGCAGAAGAAAUGUCACUAUUGAGAUCACCAACCUGACCAAUGAGUACUGUCUCAUGAACCCCAAGGUUUUCCUAGACAGUGGCAGCAUCCAAAGCCCUCCCCAGCCCACUGUCCGCCCACAGAAGACUGAAGUCUGCAACUUUUCCAAAAUCAGUGCCAAAGCCACGGGUGCCGUAGGUGUCCUGACCUACGAGUUGUUUGGGAGAAAAUCCAACAAUGCCAAAGAGAUUUUGGCAAUAAUGUUCUCAGUGCCAUAUGACUACAACAUGUACAAAAACUGGAUAGCUGUGGGAAUCUAUAACCAGGGCAAAGAAUGCAACGAGAGCCUCUACAAAGAGAUGUACUACAACAAGGAGCCCCAGGGCUUUGUCCGGCAGGAGGCCAACGGCAGUGGGCUCAGCUUUGAGGGCAGCAGCCUGGACGUCAAGGCCACCAUGUCCCCUGUGGGCAGAGCCAUUAUGAAGGUGGAGAUCUGGGACAAGUUUUUCUCCCAAAUGGCACAGCGUCCUAACUGAGUUGUCCAUUUGGGAUGUGUUUAAAUAAACUCGUGUUAGACAUGCUCAGCUCUGUGUAAUCCUGUGUUAAUAUAACACCUGUUCAUGCAAUAAAAGUAUAAUUACUCAAAA